AUGGAAGAUAAGCUCUACAAGCGAAGCCUUAUCGAACCAUAUCUAACAUGCAUCCAUGGCGAAGAAGCUUACACCGUAAUGCACGAGACUCAUCAAGGACCUUGCGGAAGUCAUUCCGCAGGCCGAGCUCUCGUCAUACGGAUUAAAAAGCUAGGCUACUUCUGGCCGACGAUGAUCAGAGACUGCGAACAGUACUCCAGGCGAUGUGACAAAUGCCAAAGGCACGCCCCAAGCAUUCACGUCCCAGCUGAAACACUCUCAUCGAUCUCUUCACCUUAUCCUUUUAUGAGGUGGUCUAUGGACAUAAUAGGACCUAUGGUCUCUUCGGGACCAAAGCAAUUCCAAUACCUAUUAGUCCUUACUGACUACUUCACUAAAUGGAUCGAGGCCAAACCAUACCAACAAACGACCGAACUCGAGGUCCGGAAAUUUAUCUGGAAAGACAUCAUUUGUCGACACGGGCUCCCUUUCGAGAUCGUGACAGAUAACGGAUCUCAGUUCAUAGCUCGAACAUUCAAAGACUUCUGCAAGAAGUGGAACAUACGCAUAACGUAUUCCACACCUCGUUACCCUCAAGGGAACGGGCAAGCUGAAGCAACAAACAAAACCCUCUUGAGUAACCUCAAGAAACGACUCGACGCCCGUAAACAUAGGUGGUCCGAAGAGCUCGCAGCAGUUCUUUGGGCUUGCCGAACUACACCUCACAAAGCUACUCAUGAGACCCCGUUCUCAUUAGCUUACGGGCUAGAGGCCGUCAUCCCAACUGAAACUUCCGUUCCAAGUCUUCGCAGGAUGCAAUGUCCAGCGAACGUCGAGCUGAACGAAGAAAUGUUGAGAGAUCACCUUGACCUUAUCGACGAACGUCGAGAUCAAGCUCUGAUCCGGAUACAAAACUAUCAACAGGCCGCAGCUCGCUAUUACAACUCCAAGGUUAAACACCGGAGCUUUCGUAUAGGCGACAUGGUUCUGAGAAAAGUACAAGACUAUACCAAAGAGCGUAAUGCAGGGAAACUUGGGACCAACUGGGAAGGUCCCUACCUCAUUACCGAAGUAGUUCGCGAUGGCGUCUACAAGCUCACAAAAGUCAGAAACGGAAUACCUGAACUAAGACCUUGGAAUGCGAUGAACCUGAAAAGGUACUAUCACUGA